UCACCGCCUGGAGUUAAGAGCUCAGGUUGCUCAAGCUUUCCUUGCCAAGUUCCAGCUAUCUAAUGAGGAGAUGGCCACGCUGCGAGGAGCUCGGGAUGCACCCAUUACUGAGGAUUUCUUCAAAGCUCUCAGCCGAGUGAAGCACAUCCAUGAGGAUGUGAAAAUCCUCUUGCGAACAAACCAGCAAACUGCAGGGUUAGAGAUCAUGGAGCAGAUGGCCGUGUUACAGGAGACAUCAUAUGAGCAGCUCUACCGCUGGGCACAGAAUGAAUGCAGAGGACUGACCCAAGAGACAUGUGAUAUCAGCCCUGUGUUGACUCGAGCCAUGGAAGCCUUACAGGACCGACCUGUCCUUUACAAGUACACCCUUGAUGAGUUUGGGACUGCACGCAGGUGUGCUGUGGUGCGAGGCUUCAUCGACGCCCUUACCCGCGGCGGGCCAGGAGGAACUCCUCGCCCCAUAGAGAUGCAUUCACAUGACCCCAUGAGGUAUGUUGGGGACAUGCUGGCCUGGCUACACCAAGCCACUGCAUCAGAGAAAGAGCAUCUAGAAGCUCUGCUGAAACAAGUCACUCUGCAAGCUGUGGAGGAGAACAUGCAAGAGGUGGUUGGACACAUCACUGAGGGAGUCUGCAGGCCGCUGAAAGUUCGGAUAGAACAGGUCAUUGUGGCUGAGCCAGGUGCUGUCCUGCUUUACAAGCUGUCCAACCUGCUGAAGUUUUACCACCACACCAUCAGCUCUAUCAUUGGGACCAGUGUGGCCUCCUUGCUCAUUACUAUUGAAGAAAUGCACAUCCUCAGCAAAAAGAUGUUCUUCAACAGCCUGAGCCUUCAUGCAAGCAGACUCAUGGACAAGGUGGAGCUGCCACCUGCAGACCUGGGACCUACAGCCUCCCUCACUCAGACCCUCUCCCUCCUCAGGGAGGUGCUGGCUUCCCACGAUUCCUCAGUGGUUCCUCUGGAUGCCCGCCAGGCUGACUUUGCUCAGGUGCUCUCUUGCAUAUUGGAUCCCCUACUACAGUUGUGUACUGUGUCAGCCAGUAACCUCGGAACUGCUGACAUGGCCACCUACAUGGUCAACUCGCUGUAUGUCAUGAAGACCACGCUGGCUCUCUUUGAGUUCACUGAUAAGAGGCUCGAGAUGCUCGAGUUCCAGAUCGAGGCUCACCUUGACACUCUGAUCAACGAGCAGGCAUCGUUCGUGCUGACCAGAGCUGGACUAGGUUAUAUCUACAGCUGUGUCCAGCAGCACAUUGCUGAACAGGGUCCUCUGUCCCUCCUCCCCAGCAUGGACAGCUCUUCAGUGAAAGCAGCAAUGGUCCAGUUUGAUCGGUACUUGUCGUCCCCUGACACUCUCUUGAUGCCACAGCUAAACUUCCUGCUCAGUGCAGCCAUCAAGGAGCAGAUUUUCCGUCAGUCGUCAGAGCUGGUGUGUAGAGCCUAUGUGGAGGUAUACACAGCGCUGACCAGUCCAGCGAACGGCUACAAAGACCCAGAGAACCUGGUACCCAGAUCACCUACACAGGUUCAGACCUUGCUGUCCUGAGAGACACUUUUAUCCCACCUGGUUGAUCUUAAAAACACAGGGGUGAGCCCCAGUGAAGGACAGCCUGCAGGUUAUUUAAAGAACUGUGUAAUUUAUGCAGUAUAAUAACACAAAUGUAUAUAAAAGUAGUUGUUAAGAUGGGGUUCUUUGUGGGAAAUGUGGGAUGUGGGUCACUGAGAGACACUCCUGAAUGCCAGAAGGAAAGAACAUGCAUAUGUGAUCCAUUUACUUUGACUGCUGCAGGCAGUCUGCCCUUUUUCUCUCUGUAAGGCGUGUCUCUUUCUUUCUUUCUGUUUUCACACCAUGUACUCUUUUUGAACUCCAUAAUUGUACAAUGUAUUUUAAUUGAAAAUAUUGAACGUUAUAUAAAACAAAACAGUGAAUUUAAGAGACUUAUCUUAUAUUCCAUAUGUAAAAGUGUUCAGAGGAACCUCAGAAGCUUCAUCACAAAUGUUGUGAUUAUUUUAAUGUCAUCUGUGAAAUGGAAAAGGAAUAUAAAUAUGAAGGAUAAGGAUAAGCAACUUACUCUCAGUAGUUACCAGUGGGUGAGAUUUCACACAAAUGGAAUAAAUCUCUUAUCCAGCAA